CAGACACCACAGCUUUGCAAGUUAGUCCAGUAACGAAACUGCCAACUUUUUUUCCCACCUUAUUUUCUUGUGAGAUAGUUAAGUGUUCUGACUGUGUGGCUGAAUGCUUCCACACCAGUGUGCAUUGGCAAUAAACCAGCUUUCUCGACUGCCAGCAGGACUGGACUUCUGAGUGUGAGAGCCACAGUGACGGUGGACUUGUAGUAAGAGGGUAAAGUCAUAGUAAAACUAUUGUGGCAGUCAUACACAGCCCUGUGUUAUCUCAUGUCAACACUGCACCCGGCAUCUCAAGUGGACUGCUGGCCUAGAAACUUAAGAGGAUUGCUACCCACACCUUGGAAACAAGCACAUACCCACAAAAACAAUCUUAAGACCAGGUAUUUCUGGCAAAAAGAGACUUUAAAAAAAAAAGCCCAAAAUCCAAAGGGAGUGACAUUUUGUGUGUGGGCAGAACUGGAGUUGAUGUGUGUUCCUAGACGCACCAAGUUGUCCAUAAGCCCACCACUGCAACACACCACACCACGUGCUGCCAUGGUGAAUAGCCAAACUGCACCUAGAUAAAGUGUCGUGUCGUGUCGCUGUUUUAUCACAUUUGAAUCUACCUCCCGCUGCUCCAAGCUAACAAGCAUGUCUUGGGAACACACCGUCUUCCUGACCCUCAUACUGUGGGUCCUGUAUGUUGCAAGUGAACCGAUCCCACUCCCGCCAUUCAGCAAGCUGAAAGCCUACUACCCCGGCUACUGGAACUUCGGCGGCCGUCUGCACAACCACCACCUGAUCCGCAUGCUGGGCUGCGAGAGCAACCUGCUGCUGCACGACACCAGCGCCCUCAGACUGUCGUUUGCACUCAAUAAAAUCGGAGGAGCCCACUCCCUGGGAACACAACUCAUUCGGCUGUCCAAGUAUGGACGAGACAGCGUGUCUGGGAAGGAUGGACGUCAGUAUAUUUAUCACCCAAUAGCGUACGGACCUUAUCUGGCUGAUAAGUAUGGUUACCCAUCAAUUUCAAAACUCCACCAAAUGGACGCUGCCAACACAAAAAAGAAUUUCUGGGGAAAGCAAGGCAUCCUACGUGUCAUUACAUACACGAAAAAACUAAACCGACCCAAAGGUCAUGUUGCAUUAUGGGACUGUGAUCACUUCCACGAAGCCAAGGACUGGAUCGUCGAUCAUGGGCUCAUUACAGUGGAAUUCUGGGAAUCACCAGAUUCCAACUGUGCAAACAAGGAUGAGAGAUUAAUAAAGAGUGAAUACAAUUCCUAUGUGUCCAUGCUGAUCCCCACUCCAGAACCCAGUCUCAAGAUGCUCCUCAAACACAAGACGUGGAGGAGACACUUUGUCAAAAAAUACUUUCUCCAGACCAAACGCAAACAUCCUGCUAAUCAACCACAGCACCACAGGGAAUGGCAUUAACAUGGUGCAGUGAUCGCCAUGCCGAUAGUCAAAAUUCACUCAAACAUUUCUGUGUUCAGAUAUUCAGCUGUGUAUAAACCUAACUAUCAAUGACAGAGUUAUACAACUUGAGACCACCAUUCUUCAUAUAACAAAAACAUGAUAUUUACAUGUAGCAAAGAAGAUUUGGUAGUAGAGUUGCUCGUGUUAUAUGCUGCAGCUGGUGACAUACACAUACAAACAACCUGUCUUCGUAAGGCAAAGAGAAUCGGUGAAAAACAGUUGAUGAAAAGAUUCUGAAGACUAAAUCUUUGUGUUAUUUAAACUUGUUACUGCAGUGUAUACUGCAUAACAAAACGAAGGAUGAAGAAACGAAAAGACACUGCUUCCAUCUUUCCUGGAAAUUCCAGAAAUCUGUGAAAGCAAACAAAAACUAUGCAUUUUGUUGUGUUGAUGUGCUUUUAUAAAAUAUUCACACACAGUGAAUUACACAGCUCCAAAGACGUUUUAAUAUGACUGCUAAAUGUGCUCUUUUUUCACCAAUGUUUUAUUGAACAAUGUUUGCAUUAACGUGUCAAUGGCAGUUUUUACCAAUGUUUUAUUGAACAAUGUUUGCAUUAACGUGUCAAUGGCAGUGUUUUUAUUUGUUUUAUUUAUGCUUCUUGUGGCCAUAUUUCAUUUAAUUGUGUACAAUCAGUAUUAAGUUAUAAUUGAAUAUAACCGUGUACAAAGCUAAUCAUAUUUAUGUUGUAUAUAUGUGGUUACACUGCUCAGUGUGCGAGAAGUUCAGUUGGACCGAGUCCCAAACAACUGUUAAAUAUGCUAGUAUUGUCUUAAAGCUGAAUUACCACAGUCGUAUGUGCCAUAUUUCUAUACUAUAAAUAUGUGUGAUAAAUUAAUCUAUUCUAUACAUAAUCUUUGCAUAAUUAACUAGAGAUUACUGUCAUGUACAAUGACUAUUUCUAGACUUCUAGUUAGAAAGUAAAUGGAAAAUCUUUAAAAAGCCAUCAAAAUAGCAGCCAGUGUUUUGCCCUCAAAGAAUUAUGGGUGGAAAACAUAUAUACGCUUAACCUCUAAAGAUAUUCCUAAAGUAUUUGGUCACAGACUUUUAUAGUUCAGAAUAAAAAUUAAUGAAUAUUUUGGCCAUUAUGUACAUUUGAUAUAGUACAUUUAAAAACAAACUGUAGCUAUUGAUGUAUAUAAUGAUAUGCAAAAAUAGUUUGUGGACAAAUUUCAUGGUAGAGAUAGCAAUUCUCUAAACUAAAUAAUGUCCAUCUUCUAUAUAAAAAUGCAACAUACUAAAGUAUGAAUAGCUUACAGUUAUAACUAAAAUGAUUGAUGUUACAUGCGUGUUUGGGACUCGGAAAACUGAAUCGGGGCCAGUUUAUGAUGUUGUUUCAAGUAUUCAAUUCAAAGGCGUCAAACCUCAAGUUCUGGUCUCUUUAGUCAAUCACAAUAUACCUGUAUUGGAAAAUGAACUGAUUCUCCAAAUUGAGAAUGUAAAUUGGUGCUAAUUUUGUAAUAAUGAUUACCUGUGUUUUUGUUACCUAUCAGAAAUGAUAAGAAAUGUGCUAUUUGUCCUUGUGUCUUGCUACCUGUUUUAUGACGUCUUGUCUGUUUUGUAAGGUUGUGUGUGUGUGUGUGCAUGAUUUGAUACCAGUAUGAGUUGAGACCUGAAAACAAUAGUGUUCUAACUGACAAUUUGGUCAAAUUUAGUAACGUAUAUUGUAAUAUUCAAACACUAUGAUUAUAGCUUUAUAACAUCAGUGAAUGAGUGAGACAUUUAUUCUCUAUUAAAUAAUCAGAAUGACAAAGUUCACAUGUAUGACACUGACAUUCGAACAUAUUGAUACCCAGAAGAGAUAACAAGGUAUGUCAGUUUGAAUCCCAUUAUUUUCAGGUCAUGAAUGUGUUAAAUGUAUGUAAUGUGUUUCAUAUGUGCUGUCUUCAUAUGUGUCGAGAUGUUUUGUUGUCUGUAAAUGUUAUGUGACUUAUACAUGUUAUGUAUUCGGGUUCAUACAUAUUAUCAUCCUUGCUAGUGUAAUGGAAUCAGACCAUCGAACAAAACCAUCUUGUAAAUAUCCUCUGUAACAUAUAACAUCUAUUAUCAAGUGCAUUUAACCCUUUUAAUUCUGUGAAUCACUUUUGACAACCCCAACAGAAAUAAUAGUACAAAAAACUCAUAUCAGUGCGAAAGAAAGAAGCCACAUCUUAAUUUUCCAAAUUAUGAAGAUAACCUAGCAGUAUGUUUGAUCCUUAACAUAUGUAGGGUUCUGUCUGCAGUUGACAGUGCUGGGUAGGGGUGGGGUCAGACCCAUACUUUAAAGCACUAUAUCAGUGUAUCAAGUCAUGAAUUUCACACUUUACUUUUAAAAAGUGGCAUCAUAUUUACACCACUCAUAAAUUUCUGGAUAAAACCCUGGAUAUGGUAUGAUUCAUUUUCGCCUUAAAAUUAGUUAAAUGCAUAGGUCACCAAACUGGGACCAAAAACUUACAGAUCACCAAACUGGGACCAAAAACUUACAGGUCACCAAACUGGGACCAAAAACUUACAGGUCACCAAAAUGGGACUAAAAACUUAGGGAUCACCAAACUGGGAUCAAGAACUUACAAUGUAUAGUGGAUCAUAAUAAUGGCUCAAACAAUUUAUUGGAUCACUGGGGCCAAAAACUUACAAUGUAUAGCAGGUUUUAACCUGAGCCAAAAUGUAUAUGUCAUGUCAUCAAGUUAAUGUAGCCCAAAUCAAACAAUGUACAGACUGUCAUGGAAGAGAAACCAUUUUGUAUUUAUUCAUCAUUUGUUUAUUUAUAAUGAUAUUUCAUGGAAUGAAAAUAAGGUCAGCAAUAUGUCAAAACAAUAUUUUAAAUAAAAAUCUCAUACAACAUAUUGAGACCAAUCCAUUUCUUUUUUUAAUGUUUCUUUUUUUUUGGCAUAAUAAUAAUCUGAAAUGUGUUAUCAACUGUUAAGUAUUUACUUGCAUAAUACAAUUCAUUCAUUAUACAUCAUCUUAUGCAAAGAUUUAAUGAAUAAUGCAUAAUAUACAAUAUGUAUUUAACAUUAAAAGUUACACAAAUUAAUAAAUAUUUAUCAUCAUUAAAAAGAGAAAUUAUUGGCCAAAACCUAAUACUAAUAUAAUUAUAUUCAAGAAGCAAACAAAACCUGCCUAACAGAAUGUUUACCUGCUGACAUACAUGUUGUACCAAAGAUGUCUGUAACCCAGACACUGGCAGAGUUGGCAAACGGUGUUGAUUUAGGUAGAGUUCUGGAUUGAACAGUUUUAUUACUGUUAUAUUUCACUAUGUGAUCAUAAAUCUGGUUUAAUUCUUUCUUUUUCAUUAAAACUCUUGUGUAACUUCUUUUGUCUAUCAAUAUACAUGUUCAUUACAAGUUCAUCUAUGCAAGACAAUGUAUUAAUGGAAAAAAAAUGUAAACCUACUGCUCAUUUCAAUAAUAAAAUACGUCUUGACCAAAA